CUUUACUCACACAUACGUCUUUUCUCCAUCUCUUUAUACAAAACUAGAACAUGCCGCCUACACCCGAUGUGCCAACCAUCCCGACGACUCGUCGUUUCUCGCAGUAUUACGUCCCGCAGGCCGUCUAUCUCGGACUGGACGUCGAGGUCGACACCGAAACAAACACCGCGAAUUAUGCGAUUUCCGUCCACGAUGGUUCGUACACCACCGACUUUUACACCGGCGAGUUCAAGGUCAUGGCCAACAGCUCCUGCAAGAGGGAAUGUCUAGAAGAAGGUCUCCGCAAGCUGCUCCAGGUUGUCAAACAAUACUCGCUGGCGCAGCACUACAAGGUCCAGAUCAUUGCCUUGUCCAACACGCUUUAUGACGCUUAUUUCAAAAAGGGAGAAGAGCCUCCAUUGACAGCUGCGAGUGCGUUUUGGCGCGAGCUCGAUGCUAUUCCUUUCCAUAUCCGCACACAUGGUGAGACGCUCGAUGAACGUGCAAGCGCAGCUGUACGCAAGGCGGUCAUAUGGAUGUCGCCCCAGUAUCCGGGAAACAUUCCACGUGUGUGCGUUGGCUAUCGUCAUGAAGUCGAAGUUGACUUCAACGGCUUGAUUCACAUGGUUGACUUGGUCGACUAUGAGAGAACCGUAUGCAAGGACACGUGGCGUGUUCUGCAAGAAAUGGCGACCAAAUACAAAGAUCGCAACCUUAGUGUUUCGUUUUUCAAUUCGACGCCCCAAGGCGGUGGAGUUGCCCUCAUGCGCCAUGCUCUCCUGCGGCUAUACCGUCUGCUGCAUCUGGAUGUGCACUGGUUUGUGGCACGUCCCAAGCCUGAAGUGUUUGAUAUUACCAAGCGCAAGUUCCACAACGUGCUCCAAGGUGUAGCACCACCUGAUGUCAGACUGAACGAUCAUGACAAGCAGAUGUUCAUUGAUUGGUCCAACGAGAACGUCGACCGUUUCUGGUGCAAAGACGGUGGUCCUCUGCUUAAAUCGAACGUCAUUAUCAUCGACGAUCCCCAAUUGGUUGGCAUCAUUCCUCACAUUAAGAAAAUCAAUCCAAAGUGCCGCGUGAUCUUCCGUUCACACAUUGAAAUGCGUGCCGAUCUUAUCAGAGAUUACCCGGACGGUCCUCAGGCAGAAACAUGGAACUUCCUGUGGCAAUUUAUUCAGCACGCCGAUCUGUUUAUUGCGCACCCAAUGGAUAACUUUAUCCCUGACGUCGUCCCACGACGCAACGUUGUACUGAUGCCCGCUACUACUGACCCAUUGGACGGUCUCAACAAGCCGAUCGAUGGAUGGUGCACAGAGUACUACCAAUCCGUGUUCAACCGUGUCUGCAUGGAUCAGGGCGCCAACGAGGUUGACUGGUCUCGCCCUUACAUUGUCCAAGUUGCUCGGUUUGAUCCAUCCAAGGGUAUUCCAGACGUUCUCGAGUCCUAUAGAUUGCUGCGCGAAAAGCUUGCAGCCGAUGGUAUUGAUGAUUAUAAUACCCCUCAACUUAUUGUCUGUGGUCACGGCAGUGUAGACGAUCCCGAUGGCACCGUAAUUUACGAACAGACUCACCGUACGCUACUAAAGCCAGCGUUUACUGCCAUCUCUUUGGAUAUCAUUGUUGCGCGCCUUCCGCCAAACGAUCAGUUGCUAGACUUGGUAAUCAGCAAUGCACGAGUCGCCUUACAACUUUCCCACCGUGAAGGCUUUGAAGUGAAAGUCACCGAAGCUUUGCACAAGGGCGUUCCUGUAGUUGCGUAUGAAGCCGGUGGUAUUCCACUCCAAAUCCAACGUAACGUGGACGGUUUUCUGGAAAAGAUUGGGGACGUCAAGGGCGUCGCGGACCGUCUCUAUGAGCUCACUACAGACGAUGGCCUUCGCAACAAGAUGGGUGCUGCAGCCAAAAAGGCAGUGACCGAGGAAUUCUUUACUGUAUGGAAUAGCAUUGGCUGGCUCCACUUGUGUCUUGAGCUCACGAACGAAGCGGGAUUGGACAGUGGUAGUAAAGGUCUGCUCGAUGAAGAAGCCACCUUUGAGCGUAACUCUCAAGUUGGCAAUAACCGAAAGGUGUCUGAUAUGUGGAGAAAACAAUAUGGCUACACUGGAUAGACCUACGCGCUUUCAGAAGAGACGAUGACGUUCCCAUUUGCUUCUUCCUUAUUACUUAUUGUAUUAUUUCUUUCUCUUCAUCAUUACUAUCACAUACAUAUACACACAUGUGUCAAGUACAGAACAUAUCACAACGUGUUUUCUACAUUAAAAGGCUGCUUUAUAAAUUAAUCCUUUCGUUCU